UCCUAUCCAAACAAAAACACAACCCUAUAUACGCGUAGGAGACGCACCACCACCACCACCACCACCUAAAUAAAGCCAUAUCUAUAAAAACACCACCAUACUUUUAUUAUUAUUAAAUUACAGUAAUCUCCAAAUCUUUAGACCUUUAUUACAACUUUAACCAAUCUCUGCCUCUCCUUCCAUCUUCCUCUCCUGUUUGCUUCUUUCUCACUCCCUCUCUCUCAACUCUCUCUUUCUUCACACUAAGAUCUUCGAAAUCCUUGUUCAAAAUCGUGGUCUUGUUCUUUGAAUAAUCUCAGACAGGGUUCAUUAAUGGGAAGGAGUAGAAGAAGGAGAAGAAGAAGAACUAUUGAUUUAGUAGUUGUUCUUUAGCUUUGGAUCUAGUAGAGAAGAUAUUUGAAUUUUUUGGGGGAAAUUUAGGGUUUAUAUAAAGAUGGGGGGAGAAGGCACUGGACAGAGUUGGGCAAUAUCGUAUAAAGGAAUGUCAUCUGAUAAUAUUAAAGGAUUAGUAUUAGCAUUAUCUUCAAGUAUUUUUAUUGGAGCUAGUUUUAUUGUUAAAAAGAAAGGGUUAAAGAAAGCUGGGGCUUCUGGUACUAGAGCAGGAAGUGGUGGAUAUUCGUAUUUGUAUGAGCCACUUUGGUGGGCAGGAAUGAUAACAAUGAUUGUCGGGGAAGUUGCUAACUUUGCGGCUUAUGCAUUUGCCCCAGCUAUUCUGGUCACUCCUCUUGGUGCACUCAGCAUUAUUAUCAGCGCUGCACUUGCACAUAUUAUUCUGCGGGAAAAGCUAAAUGUUUUUGGCAUUCUUGGUUGUGUUUUGUGUGUGGUGGGUUCUACAACAAUUGUUUUACAUGCUCCUCAAGAACAGCAGAUUGAAUCUGUGGCAGAAGUAUGGGACCUUGCAACAGAGCCAGCUUUUCUUUUCUAUACAGCUUUGGUGAUAGCAGGUGUUCUUAUACUUAUAUUCCAUUUUGUACCACAGUACGGCCAGACACAUAUAAUGAUUUACAUAGGAAUUUGUUCUCUUGUGGGUUCCUUGUCGGUCAUGAGUGUAAAAGCACUUGGUAUUGCUCUGAAAUUAACAUUUUCAGGAACAAAUCAGUUAGUGUACUCUCAGACUUGGGUUUUCACUAUGGUUGUACUUGCUUGUGUGAUUACUCAGUUGAAUUAUUUGAAUAAGGCUCUUGAUACCUUCAACACAGCUAUUGUAUCACCAAUAUACUACGUGAUGUUCACUUCAUUCACCAUUUUAGCAAGUGUUAUCAUGUUUAAGGAUUGGGAUCGACAGAAUCCAACUCAAAUUGUUACGGAGAUGUGCGGGUUUAUAACGAUUCUUUCAGGGACGUUUCUACUUCAUAAAACAAAGGACAUGGUUGAUGGUGUACCUAUGCGCCUUCCUGUAUACACGACCGAGAUGGAUGAUUUAGAGCACGAGGGCAUCCCUCUCAAGUGCCAAGAUGCCUUGCGAUCGUCAUAAUGCGCUUUCCCUUCCAGGAUACACGACUGAGAUGGAUGACUUAGAGCACAAGGGUGGCAUCCCUCCCAGUGCCAAGUUUUCCCCGCAUCAUCUUUUCAUGCUUUUGGGGGAAAAGCAUAUGCAGCAUCAACUUGUGUAUUUUAGCAAAUAGUACUAGUUAAUAACUUAAUGUUAUACCAUAUUCUUUUGCAAUGCCAUGUAAUUUGACAUACAUACAUGGUUUAUAAUAUCAUAGUGUAUCUAAGCUUUAUGGCCAAUGCUUCCACAUCUCUUUUUCCUCUAAUUUUAAAAUACGCCACAGAUGAUGGUUCACAUUAUUUUUGUAGAGAAAAAUUCGUAAUUGUUGUAACAUUGGAUUUGCACUGUAGAGAAUUCAAAAUAUUGUAUUUUAAAAUUGGAAUAUAUUCCCAU